AUGGAAUUGCAGAAUAUCAUCUUGGGUCUCCUAGUCCUCUCUCUUGUGGAGGGAAUGCCCUCUCUUACAGAUAUUAAGCAAGCUAGGAGUCCUCUUCCAGGAUACAUCCUUGGAUUAAAAGCCUCAACCACCCUUCAUGGAACCAGACAUUCCCAUGGUAUGAAAUAUCCUCUCUGUAUGAUGCAGCUCUACCAGAAUCUAAUUUUGAGAAACAAUCCUGACCAUCCUAACCCAGAACAUUCCGUGCUUCAGGAAUCUGAUGCUGUCUUAAGUCUUAUUGCAAAAGAUUAUUCUUCAGUGGACAAUCAUUGGGCACUGUCUUUUGAUAUGUCUUCAAUCUCAAACAGUAUCGACCUGAAGUUGGCUGAACUUAGAAUUAAUCUACCUACUUUUGAGAAAUACAAAGCUGUAAAAGUGGACAUUUAUCAUACAAAAGAUGGUGAAGAAAAAAUAUUUCUUGGUACUUUUAUCACCAACCCUUCUACUACUAUGAGCGCCUGGAAAGUAUUCAACCUCACCAAGAUGAUAACAUUUUAUCUUCAUGAAGAAAAGUUCUACAGUCAUGAAUACAUAAAGGCUGAGGGGAUGCCAGAGACAUUUCAGCAUAUCUACAGAGAAAAAGAAGAAAACAGGGAACAUAAUGUCGAUCUCAACCAUAAUUCAUUCUUCACUGGUGAAAGAGUUAUAUUGGUUGUUUUUGCUAAGGAUAGGCAAUCUGACAAUGUCUCUGACUCUAGCAACCUUAUCAAAAUGGUUGAGUCUUCAAAGUAUGUCAGUGCACAGAAACUUACAACAAUGCACGGCAUUAGGAGGCACAGACGCAACAGACAUGAGCAACAGAACAUAAUGGUAAACAAUAUUCAGCAUAAACGAGUGGAAGAUGGGAAACCCCUGUGUCAAAAGGUGGAUAUGAUUGUUGACUUUGAAAAGAUUGGAUGGGAUGACCAGAUUAUCCACCCCAAGACAUUCAAUGCCUACAGGUGCGAGGGAGCAUGUCCUAUCCCAGUGAAUGAAGCCUUUAAACCAACCAACCAUGCUUUUAUUAAGAGUCUGCUCAAGCUGUAUGGGAAUGAUGAAGUUGAAUGUCCUUCCUGUGUUCCUGUAAAGAUGCGACCCAUGUCUAUUCUGCACAAUGAAGGUGGAGAGGCCGUUAUAAGACACCAUGAGGACAUGAUUGUGGAAGAAUGUGGAUGUCUCUAA